GCGGCACAGAAAACAGAGAGCACACCGCACCGCACCACCGGCCCGCUCCUGUCUUCGGCGUCGUCGUCUCGUCCGCCACCUCAUGUGGCCGCCGCCGAGAUAUGCCUCGUAGCCCCGGCGUCAGCAGCAGCAGCCGCAGCCACCGCCCCCUCCUCCGCGCCGUGCCCACGCCGCCCGCGUCCCCCGCCCCGCCGCCGCCGCCGCGGCCAUGGCCAUGCCGUUCGCGCGGCGCGACAUCGAGGCGGCGGGCGCCGGCAGCGACGACUCGCCGGCCGCGAAGAAGGGCAAGCCGGAGCUCCCCGGGGCGCGCCCCACGCUGACGCGGUCGGAGGCGCUCGCCUUCGCGGCCGUGCUCGCGCUCUUCACCGCGGGGAUCUUCUGCGUCUUCCUCACCGCGCCACGGCACGAGUUUGGGCAGAUCCUCCGCCUCCCGCGCAGCCUCGCCGACGUCCGCCUCCUCAAAGACAACCUCGCCGUUUAUGCGAGAGAUUAUCAAGCGAACUUUAUAUUGGGCUAUUGCUCGAUAUACAUAUUCAUGCAGACAUUCAUGAUCCCCGGAACAAUAUUCAUGUCUUUACUUGCCGGGGCUCUUUUUGGAGUGAUUAAAGGUGGCAUUUUGGUUGUCUUCACUGCCACAGCUGGUGCAUCGUCUUGCUAUUUUGUCUCCAAGUUGAUUGGCAGACCCUUGGUUAGUUGGUUGUGGCCCGAAAAAUUGAGAUAUUUCCAGUCAGAGAUUGCUAAGAGGAAAGAAAAGCUGUUGAACUAUAUGCUUUUUCUGAGAAUAACACCAACUUUACCCAACACAUUCAUAAGUAUGGCGUCACCCAUUGUUGACAUACCUUUCCAUAUUUUCUUUGCUGCAACACUUGUUGGCCUCAUCCCAGCAUCUUAUAUUACUGUAAAGGCUGGUAGAGCCCUAGGCGAUCUGAAAUCAGUUAGAGAGUUGUAUGACUUCAAGACAUUAGUGGUUCUAUUCCUUAUUGGAUCUGUUGCUGUCGCUCCAGCAAUCCUGAAAAGGAAGAGAACAUACGAGUGAUGCCUUAGUGCAUCUAAAUACUUUCCUCAGAUGCUCUAAAAUGUAUUAGCACAAUUUUUUUUUACCUUUUUUUGUUUUCUUGAUAUUGUAUACCUAUUCGAUUCUAGCUGUAGAGAUGUAACAUCGAAUGCUUUCUAAUACGAGAUGACCCCAUCAUUUUAUCUGCU